AUGGUCCACAUUGGCCCCUUUACGGCAACCACGACCGGACUGUGCCGUUCGCAGCCGGUGCCAACCUCGCUUAACUUCUUACCCUGCCGCUUGAGCAUCAAUAGCAUAACCACAACGACAACGAACACCACAAACAAGUCAUCAAACAAUCAUCAGCAAUGGGGCUCGUGGCGUGGGAGCUUUAUCAUCGGGACUGCUAUCGACAGUGGCCAGAACUACCAGAAGUCAUCGUCAAACGCCCGCCACGACGAAAGACGGACAGAGAUUCUAAAAGUGACACCGCGAGGUUACCAGCUCGUAGUCCACCUGCGAAACACGACCUCAGCAUGCUCGCGACUCUUCGGCAUCCCAGAAUUGGCUGAGGAGAUCUUUCUGCAGCUCGAUCAAUCAGACCUCAUUUGCAGAGCUCAGCAAGUAUGCCGCCAGUGGCACAUCAUCGUGACCACUACCCGAGCGAUCAGUGAGCAUCUAUUCUUGGAUUCGAUCUCGAAUAUUCGGCCCUGGCUGGUCAGAACUAGCAGAUUCCCCGUUCUAAGCACGCAACAGCCCCAUUCGUGGGCAGAAGAUGAGCAGUUGGGCACCUCCCGACCGAUCAUUGAAAAUCCUUUCAUGCCUCUAUUGAGCAUCGAGGAGCCAUGGCCCGAGGCAUUUGCGCGCCCAGAAGCAUCUUGGCGCAAAUUGCUGAUCACUCAACCUGGACUUUCCCGAGUGUUCUGGCACAUCAACGACAAUGCGAUCUGGGCGUAUGAUGAACUAGAGUCACAAGGGCUGAAGACGGGUGGGUUUGCCGAAGGCGGUGCCAUUCACAGAUUAUGCGGAUGGUCAGCAUGGAAGGCGUACGAAAGCCCCAAGCAGCUCAAGACAUUGAAGGCGGAGAUGCGGCUGAGCCGCGAGAGACUGCGAGAAGUGCACGAAUGGAGUCGUGUUACUGAACUACCCGAACAUGAAGUGUGGGAGGAGAAGACGGGAGAGUUACUCGAGCUUCAGCUAUAG